AUGUUUAUGCGAAUUCGACAACAGAAAGUUUACAAAAAUCACAUAGAUCGAGAUGAGAUCUCACCAGCGACUUAUCGCAAGUUAUUUCGUUUCGAGGAAGAAAACGUGGAAUGGCUUGCAGCGACAUUUCUGCCCGAUACAGUCGAGAGCAGAGGCGGGUGUAUGACUCCAUUGGCACGCAUGGAGACUACGUUACACUACUUGGCGGAUCCUGGUUACCAGACAAGUGUGGCAGAGCUGAUGGGCGUUACGCAGCCUACCGUUUCCAACUGCGUUUCCAGCACUAUAAACAGUAUUGCUGAGCAACAUCCACGAUGGAUUAUUUUCCCAUUUUCUGAUGCUGAUGCCACCCUGGCAAAGGAGCGAUGGGCGGAUAAGCUCGGCUUUCCAUUUACGCUGGGAGCGAUCGACUGCACUCAUGUAAGAAUUGACAAGCCUGGUGGUCCGUUUGGCGACGAAUUCAUCAAUCGAAAGAACUUUGCCUCCUUUAAUGUUCAGGCGACAUGUGACGAAAAGUAG